AAUGCCCUAGAUCCGUACCGGUCUAUGAUGUCGUAAGCUUCCUCUGUGCCGAUGAUGCAGAGGGCGUUGACGGCAGCGUAAGUGGGCGCCAGGUGGGCGAGCUGAGCCGGGCCGCCGCCGAAGCCUCCCGUCGGGCUCUGACAGUGAGACAGGAACUGACACACGCUGAGAGGGAGACACCAGGACGUGAUUGGUACACCGCACCCACUGGAAGGAGGCAGGGGGUAGCCUCGGAGGAAGCUGGAACAUCCUUAUUUCAUUUUCUCACCAAAAAAACAAAAGAAAGAAAAAGCCUGACACUGGCAAUUCAAGCAAACAUGGCCGCAGUAGUGUGGGGAGGGAGUCCUUCAUUGCUCAGUUAGUUACCUGGAAUCUUCUCCCCCCCACCUUCUUCAAUCCAACACCAUGGCUAAGCAGUAUGAUGUUCUCUUCCGACUCCUGCUUCUCGGAGACUCCGGGGUUGGCAAAACAUGUUUGUUGUGCAGAUUCACCGACAACGAGUUCCACCCAUCACACAUUUCAACCAUUGGGAUCGACUUCAAAAUGAAGACGCUGCUGAUAGACGGUAUCAAAGUGCGCAUCCAGAUAUGGGACACUGCAGGCCAGGAACGCUACCAGACCAUCACCAAGCAGUACUACAGGCGAGCACAGGGAAUCUUCCUGGUCUACGACAUCACGAGCGAGCGCUCCUUCCAGCACAUCAUGAAGUGGGCCAGCGACGUGGACGAGUACGCUCCAGACAAGGUCCAGAAGAUCCUGGUGGGAAACAAGGCGGACGAGGCGGACAAGAGGCAGGUGGCCACAGAGCAAGGAGUCAAGCUGGCCAGAGCUUACGGAAUGGACUUCUUCGAGACAAGUGCCUUCACCAGCAGGAACAUAACAGAGGCUUUUACCCGGCUGGCAGAGCAGGUGCUGGCGGCCAACAAGAAGGACCUGGAUCUUCUGCGGAUGUCUUUGAGCGACGAGCUGAACUUGACUGCUCUGGAGGAGGAGGAGGGACUGUGCGAGCGCGUGUCCUCCGAGCACACUAAAGGCUGCUGGUGUUAAACAGGAGAGGACAAUUUUGUCUUUUUGCAUGAGGACGAGGACGCAAACGGCAAAAGGUAGUCUGCCGGAGCAGGGACUGAAUGUUUAUUCUCGCUUAAUCCCUGCCUUUUAUAUCCUCCACUUCAGAAAGCUUUCCUACUAGUCGCUGGACAGUCGAGGGAGCGUCUACAAAUUUCACAUUUCAUUCCCUCCCCCCUUCAUCAGACAAAAUCAACAUUAUGCUUACAGUCCAUCAUCAUUUUUCAGUAAGUACAUGCUUCCUUGAUGUAAUUCCCGAAAAAGGACCACAAGAGGGUGCUAAAUGUCAUUGUGAGAAGAUGUUUCACAACAUUGUCAUUUGUCCCCCUUAUAAUUUACUUAGAUAGCUUAAUUAUGGCAUAACAUUGUAUAUACGUAUAUAUUAGGGGUGUGAAUCUUUGGAUUGAUCCGAUUCGAUUCAGAGUCGUUUCUCGAUUAAACACGAUUCUCGAUUCAAACUGAUUCUCGCAUUGUAAGAUUUGGUAGGAUUAUCAUAAUGAAAAGUUUUAAAAACAGGUUACAGGUUAAAACAUCUGAUUUUGGUUGCAUGGAGAUGGCCCAAAUUUUUAUUUUGUAUUUAUUUUUAUUUUAUUUUUUUAAAUAACAUUAAAAUUCUUAUUAAAAAAAUCGUUUUUUUGAAAAUUAUCAACGAAAACAUUUUGUUUUUAAAUCCCUUUUUAAGAACAUUUAAAAAACUUUUUUUUAAAAUCUUACAUUUAUUUAUAUUUAGAAUCGGGAUGAAUAUUAGUCAAUUUUUUGUACACCCCUAAUGUAUAUAUUUAAUUUAAUAGUACAAAAUAACAAUAAAGCUGACUUUAUCACAGACUUAAUUUAAUGUAAUGAGGACAACUCCUGGAGACAAGUGAGCAUUUUUCACCGGAUACUUUUUAAUUUUUUUAUUGCAACUUCAGUGAAGUUAAAAAUCAUUUGGCUGUAAUUUCAAUUAUUCAACCAGAGAUGCCUCUUGGAGACCGAACGACAUCAACUUUUUCUGCAUCCUUUUCUUAUUCUUUGAAAGCUAACUUGCGUGUGUGCGCGCGUGUGCGUGUGUGUGUGUGUGGUGUCCGAGUCAUACUGUAUAAUGUUAUUUAACAACAACAACAAAAAAUUCUUCCUCCUUUACUGGUAUUUGUGUAAAUAUAUGACAUUCAACAAGCAGAAUGCAGCAUAUUAUUCUUGUCACAUGUUUGGAGUAAAUACUUGCAUAUUUAAAACUUGGUUCAAGGGUGUUUAUUUGUUAUGUUUUUUUAAUUAAAUGUUAUAUCCUACGCUAUAUUUAUAUUGUAUCUUACAUUUACUUUGUAAUGCGGGGGUGGGGAGAUUAGGAAGGGACUGUAGAAAAAAAACAUAAAUAAAAAAAAUAAAUGUUAAAAAAAUAAAAAAAAUAAAAACAAGAGCCAAAAUGUUAAUAUAUAAAUGUGUGAGAGUAAAGUAAAAUAACAAAAAAUUCAAUGAAAAAGUGAAGUUUAUAUAGCGCUUUUUUCUCCAGAGACUCAAAGCGCUUUAUUUUGUGGAACCCAUUAUCUACAUUUUUAAGCAUCAUUUAAACCAAUGUGAGUGGUACUGGGAGCUGGUGGGUAAAGUGUCUUGCCCAAGGACACAACGGAAGUGACUAGAAUGGCGGAAAGGAAUCAAACCUGGAAUCCUCAAGUUGCUGGCACGGCCGCUAUGCCAACCGAGAAAUGUAUGAAAAGAAACAAAACAAAAUAAAUAUGACUUGUCAAUCAAUAUCAAUCCAUCCAUCCAUCCAUCCAUUUCCUACCGCUUGUCCCUUUCGGGGUCGCGGGGGGUGCUGGAGCCUAUCUCAGCUGCAUUCGGGCGGUAGGCGGGGUACACCCUGGACAAGUCGCCACCUCAUCACAGGGCCAACACAGAUAGACAGACAACACUGCACACGGGCGGAAGGCGGGGUACACCCUGGACAAGUUAUAUAUAUAUAUUUAUUGAUUUUAUUAUAUGACUUUUUUGUUUUUAAUCAUUUAUAUGUGUUUGUAUAUAUA